AUGACAGAACUUGAGGUAUCUACUUUCGACUUAGCGUUGCCGCUAGUGGUCGUUCCUAGCGAAGCCACAGCCCCAGCGAGUCCAACUCCAGAGGCCCUCGGUGUUGUUGGGCCUCAGUACCGGGGCACUAACCUUGCGGCAGUGGGGCUCCCCGGUCCCGCUAUACGGGUAUAUGGGUACCGUGGAUUUUACUCCAGGGUACUCCCACCCCCAGUCGGUGGUUGA